AAAUAUGUGAGUGAAGGUUGAGGGAGGCUGCUGGAGCGCUGUUCCGUCUUUCUCUCAGCACCUCCAACAGCACAACUACUAAGACGCUGCCUCUGCUGAUUGUGCUCUCAUUAACUCUGAUAGGGAAGUAGGAGGUCUUCAUCAUGGUUCAGAAGAAGGUAAAGGGGAAAGGAAAGGGAAAAUUUAAGAAGGUAGCAGCAGCUCCCUUGGUUACUAAAAAAGUGGUAGUCCCCAAGAAGGUUGUCAAUCCCCUCUUUGAGAAGAGGCCUAGGAACUUUGGUAUUGGUGGUGACAUACAACCCAAGCGUGAUUUGAGUCGCUUUGUGAGAUGGCCCAAGUACAUACGUCUGCAGCGUCAGAGGGCAGUUCUUCAACAGCGUUUAAAGAUACCCCCUCCUAUCCAUCAGUUCAAGCAGACUCUUGACCGUCAGAAAGCCACUGAGCUGUUUCGUUUGAUGGACAAGUAUCGUCCUGAGAGCAAAGCUGCUAGGAAGGCAAGGCUGCGCAGACGUGCUGCUGCAAGAGCAGCUGGCAAGGAGGAUGUCCCAACUAAGCGCAAGAUAUUUGUUCGUCAUGGUGUCAACACUGUCACAAAACUGGUUGAGCAGAAAAAGGCUCGCCUGGUUUGUAUUGCCAGUGAUGUUGAGCCAGUGGAGAUUGUGUUGUUCAUGCCUGCUCUGUGCCGCAAGAUGGGAGUGCCUUACUGUAUUGUAAACAAUAAGUCACGGAUGGGUGUUGUUGUAAGGAGGAAGAAAACUUCCUGCAUUUCAAUCACAGAUGUGGAAGCUAAUGAUCGCACCAAUCUAAACAAGCUUCUUGAGUGUGUGAAGACAAACUACAAUGACCGCUAUGAUGAGAUUCGCAAGAACUGGGGUGGUGGAAUUCUUGGUGCAAAAUCUGCCUCCCGGAUCACAAAGCUUGAACGGGCUAAGGCCAGGGAAAUUUCCAAAAACCGUUAAAAUAAAAUUGUAUGGCGUU